AUGCUAUGUGACUGGAAGGGCCAUCUGACCGCAAGUUUGCCCAUCAGCUGCGAGGCUGCGCCAUCAUGGGACGAAGACGAAGGCGCUCUCAAAAAAGACUAUAAAACGACUAGGGAGCAAGCAAGCCCACUCAACCCCAAGUACUCACCAUUCUUACAGUGGUGUAGCUUGUGCAGAGGCUGCAGCCUCUGCUGGGGCGGAAUGCGCGGGGGGGGGUCGGAGGGGUGCGAGAGGGGGCGUGGGUCGGGCGCGCACCGGCUGGCUCCGGGAGCGGCCGUCACGUCGAGGAGUGGGGCUGUCGGCGGCUCGAGCGCCGAGGCGUGCCGCUCUGCUGCGCCGCCGACAGCCCCUCUUCCGAGCCGGCGCGUGGAGGCGAGCCGCGGCCGGUGUCGCUGGUGCGGGGGCGGCGCAGCGUUUAUCACCCCGACGCCGACCGUGCUGACCAACGGGUACUACGCGCUGCUUCUCUCGCUGCCGUGGACGCUCAAGGAGUGGGACGGGCCGAUGCAGUUCGAGGACCCGUCGGGGAAGCUGAUGAUGCUGCCCUCGGACAUCGCCCUCAUCCAGGACAAGAAGAUGCGGCAGUACGUGCAGAUGUACGCCAAGGACAAGGAGCUCUUCUUCAAGGAGUUUGCCGCCGCCUUCCAGAAGCUCGAGGAGCUCGGCACCAAGAACCCUCAGACGGUCGCGCUGGCGUGA